ACUAGUGAUUGCCCGUCUCCAGCCGCUCAAGAGCUUUCUUGAAUGGACACGGGUCGCAGAAUUUGUUGAACGCACCGACUGACACCGUGCAGAGCGCGCGGGAUAGGCCUACCCAACUCAGCGCAUGCGGAUAUAUCGCACGCCACGGCUCACUGGAUUUGGGCUAAUUCAGAGAAAGUGGCUGCAGCUUCAACAACAUAAUGCAAAGGACUGUAUCUUGGAAAGAAACACCAACAGGCAGUGGCAAUAGGCUAACCCAAAAAAGGCUAACUGUCCUAGAUAAUACAACUUAUAUUUAUGGAGUUUGGAGCCAGGGAAAAUGCAUUUUGCUGUUUGUAAUUUUUCAUGAGUAAAAUCAUAAUUCGCUACUGAACCCAUCCCGGGACCGAUUUGGAUACCGCCUGUCUCUCAACAGUGUUAACGGGUCUCCUGCAUGUACUGGAAAAAUGAAGCUCUGUCCCCACACCCGGAGGAGAAUAAAGUUUUAUUAGACAAUGUUUUCGUUGAGCAGUCUCACUCGGACGGGGAGCCUCACGAGGAUGUGAAAGUCGAGGCUCCUCUCCUGCCCAGUCCUCCGGUAACACCGUCAAUGUGCUCGCCUCCGACCCUGGACUCCCCGACGCCGGUUCGGUCCACCGGGAAAAACCAGUGUGCCAGCUGCGGCACAGAGAUCCAAGACAGAUAUCUACUGAAGGUAAACAAUUUGAAUUGGCACGUGGGAUGUCUGGAGUGUUCAGUCUGCAGAGUAUCAUUACGUCAGCACAAUAGCUGCUACAUCAAAAACAAAGAAAUCUUUUGCAAAUUGGAUUAUUUCAGUAGGUUUGGCACCAAGUGUAGCCAGUGCGGGCGCCAUGUGUUUGCCAGUGACUGGGUGCGGCGGGCACGGGGCAGUGUGUACCACCUGGCCUGCUUCGCCUGCUACACCUGUAAGAGGCAGCUGUCCACAGGGGAGGAGUUUGGUCUGGUGGAGGGCAGGGUGCUGUGUCGAGUCCACUACGACACCAUGGUGGAGAACCUCCAGAGAGCGGCAGAGAACGGGACAGGUCUCACUUUGGAGGGAGCCUUGCCCUCUGAUCAGGAUGGCCAACCCAAACCAGCCAAGAGAGCACGCACUUCCUUCAGCGCUGAGCAACUACAGGUGAUGCAGUCUCAGUUUUACCAAGACAACAACCCUGAUACCCAGACCCUACAGAAGCUGGCAGACAUGACAGGACUGAGCAGACGGGUCAUUCAAGUUUGGUUUCAAAACUGCAGAGCAAGGCAUAAAAAGCACCCUCCACCCCAGCACAACGGUCACCUCCAGGGCGCCCCUUACCCCCACUCCAGAUUGCCCCCCUCACUGCCAGACAACCUCUACUCCCCCUUCAGCAGUCCUGACAGACCACACCUGCUGGCUCUGCAUGGAUAUAUAGACAGUGAGUUGGUUCCUCCCUCUCGAUGGACAAAACAUACAUGUACAUUGAGGUCAUCCCUUCUCAAUGCUGUCGUCCCCUAACCACCUCAUCCACCCAGGCAUGACCUUACCACAGUUACCCAUCAGCCACUAAGUAAUGCCCCUGAGACCACCUCCUCCACAAGCCGUCUCUCUCGCGGACCUUUCCAUCCCAAACAUUUGAGAACAUUUCAACAUUUGUCUCUUCCAUUUAACUAUACAAGAGGACUUUUACUGUCUCCAUAGUCUGCAGAGGUGGAGAUAUCACAUAUUUUUAUGGAUUGACGGUUUUAUAAACACAGCUAGACUUUAGGUGGAAAAACAUCCCAGUUCAAUACAAAUGUGGUAAUCAUCAGGACCAGAUUACACCACCCAUCCAUGAGUUGGAUCUCCAGGACCAGGGUGAGGAACAGGAAGACUCUUCCAAUCGUUUUAAAUAUGACUUUUUUCUGCUUGUUUUCCUGUAUAAAACCCUCCCAUGCAUGGACUACGUAUUUCUGUGUGAGGUGAGGAUGAACACUCUUCUGAUCUUGUGUGUUUAGAGAGAGACGGUCUUGUGUGUUGUAUUUACUUAUUUUGCUUGUAAAAUGGACAGCUUGUGUCACUUUAUUUAUUCAAAAAGAUACUUCACCUAGAAGCACUUUUAAAAAUGCUUUCAAAUUAAAGAAUUCAUUUAUUGUAAAUUGUACAUAUUUUACCGAUGUAAUAAAAUGUGCCUAAAAGAGUGUUGGAAAAAUAGAUCUGUUGAAAAAUAGAUAAUUUCACAUAAAUUCACAUAGAAAUAAAACACUGUUUUUUCAGCCAGA